AUGGCGGACUCCGAGGACGAAGAUAGCUCCCUGAAUCUUACAGGGUUUUUAUUUGGAAAUAUCAACGAGAAAGGAGAACUAGAAGACACAGAGAUAUUAGACGAGGUAAUGAAUGUGUCACUCCAGACUCCUGAAUGGAUUAUAGCUCAAAAAAGAUUUGCAGUAAUAUCAGUUUUCUCCAUUGUAGAGAGAAUGCCGAGAAAAACAAUCCGUAAACAACAAUCUAUUCAGUCUUCACAGUACCCUUACUUGCAGAUUUCCCUUCGAUUUUCCUCUUCUAGGAGAGUUAAUAGGAACUCUGUCUGCAGGAUAAAAAAAAGUUACCAUGUUGAUGCUAAAGGCUAGAACUUGCAGUGGAUCAACUUCCCUUCCAUAUUAAAUACAUUGCAAACAGCCAACAAAUUACGUGCAUGUGGCCAGUCUCCACGUGAACAGUAUUUGAGCAGAUUUAGGCCUGUUUCAAACAUCGUGCUACUGCUGGUCUAUGCUGCCUCAACUUCAGCACGACCCUAGCACUACUGUAAAACGACCUGGUUUCAGACGUGGAAUUUAACUCAGUCGAAUAAAGUAAAACUAUGUUGCCGAAAACAAAACUUAAAAAUAAAAAGCAAUUUAGUGAACUUUGUAAAUUUAUUCUAAUGUAUUUAUCAUUUAUGAAUUGAGUUCGGCAUGGCAGUUGCAUGUGCUUCAUAGUGCUGUGCUUAAGUCAAAUUGAGUUCACCACGGCAGUAGCACGACGUUUGAAACAGGCCUUAGUGGUCCACUGCUCCAUUUGUUGGGACCCCAUACAGUGCUGUCAACUCUCCCAGAUAAUGUGGGAGAACCAGGUUUUGGACCAUAUCUCCCGGUCUCCAGAUUAGAGUAUAAAAUCUUCUGGGUAAUCGAGGAACGUUUGCCAUUUCUUGUAAACUCGACUUUCCGACAAUGGAAUUUCAAAUAUUUUGCAUUGUUUGAACUAUUAUUUUUAACGUUAACAUUGAACGUUUCCUCACAAACUCCGGUAUGCUAUUUUAAUAUGACGUUUUUCUCGAGCGUUUUGCGUCACCGCAAAUAUUCGAGACAAUUGGAGUCAAAGAGUGUUUUCGCACAAAUGACAUCAUGUGCCGUGCGUUAUCACGUCAUCUAUCAUCCCUUCCAUGUCAACUCUCAAUAUUUGUAAAUGUCAGGGAUUGACAGCCCUGCCCAUAGUUCCACAACUUUCCCCAAAAGUUACAUUUCUGAUGAUUAUUGCAGGCUACUGAAUCAUAUUCGUGAACAACACUAAAGGCAACUCAGCUUUAAUUAGCACUAGAUGUUGCUUUAUUUUUAGGAAUCUCGGCGUCAUCUUGCUCAGUUGAGUUCUCUAAGUGGGCUUGGAAGCCUUGUCCAAGAUAUUGCAGAAGAAGGAAACUCACAGAGUCAAGACUACACACCCCACAGUGAAUCAAAUAGCAGUAUGUUACAGUUUACUUGCAAAAGAUCCUUAGAGUGGUAGAAAAAAUCUAUAGAGUUGUAUUCUAAGUUAAAUGAUGGUCCUAGAAUAAAUACCAUGAUUGAAAGAGGAAAUUGUAAAUAUCCCCCAGAAAAACGGAAUAAAAGCCUAUUCUAAAAAGUUAUGAAGCCAAAUAAUUUUGAGAUUGAAGCAAAUUGUGAUUUUACCCAGCUUAUAAAUGCCAGCAGGUCUUACCCUUUCAUCCCUAAAAUAAUGUUUUUUGUCAAUUCUCGUUUGUUGCUGCAGCUUUGCAUUUGCUACAGAAGUAGUGUGGAGAAAUUUUUAAAGUAUCAGUUAAAUUCAUCUUAAUUCUCAUGACUGCUCUGUUUUAUCAAGCACUGAUAUAAACAAGGGGAAAUUCAGUACCGAUCACUCUUUGAGAGAAAGCAGUACAGCAUUACAGUUUAAGUAUAUUAUAGUCACUGUUGUGUUCUUUGCUACGCAAUGAAUCCUUUACACUGGUGUUACUCACUUUGUAUUUUUUUACCCUACAAAGGUUGGAUUCAGAAGGAUGCUAGUGCUACUGAUUACAGUGAUAUUAAUGAGUUAGCAGAGGAGGAUGAGGAGAAGUACUACAAACAUGCAGCUGCCACAAUAUUCUCCCAUAAAAAAGUUACCACUUCUGCUGGUGAGAAGUACAGGCUGAUUAGUCCUCAUUUUCUUUUCUUUUUUUUCUGUUUUAAACAUCUAGCUUAAGGUGAUAGGGCAUAGUUUUUCAUUCAGGCUAUAUUUAAUACCAUUCUUGCAUUAAAAGUAUAUCUGAAUUUAGAGUUAUUAUUUAAUGGAAUUGACCAUAAUAUAUUUUAUUUUUCAUUGAACUUAAUCUUUCAGAUGAUGAUUAUGACUAUGACGGUGAUGACGCAACUGGCAAAAAUGAUCAAGGUUUUCCAGUUCUUUCCUUUAUACUUGUUUUAGAUUAAGCCCCAGUGUUCUGUGUAAACAGUGUUACAUACUAAUUCAAUUAGGCUUCCACACAUUCCAUUAGUUUCAUCCAAAGUUGUAGCUGAUCUUAUUUUUGCUUUGGAAUCUUUCUCUUACAUUAUCAAAAUUUGUUAAUGUGAGGGAAAGAUUCCAAAGCAAAAACAAGAUAGUAUUCCAAGACUGAGAUUCUUGCAUUUUGUUAUUAACACAAAACACGGGCUCAUAAUUUCAAAUCGGCCCAGUGUAUAAAUUACUCGCCCGAUUACUCCCUGAAUUUGCACUAAACUCAGUCCUAUUACCGUUACUAAUGCUCUAACUUGGCCCAUGCAACCCAAGUAUGUGUUGUAACAUUGGCUUUUGUUAUACCAUGUUAGCAAAUGGUAGCAUACUGUUACCCACUGUGGCUCCUGCAGCAUCCACAUUGUCCAAAGAAGAACAAGACAGAUUGGCAAUGCCGCCCCCACCUGCUCCCCAAACAUCUGUCUCCUCAGCAGGGGAGGGUGCGGAAGUUACUGCUGAUGCGGGUAAACGCCUGGACACCCCUUUGGCCAAUACAAUUGGUGCUGGUGAGUUCUGUGCUUUGCCAUCAGUCAUCAGGCAAUAAUUUUGUUGAAAUAGUAGUUGGUGGUCAUUUUGAUAGUGUAUCAGCGUAAUGUGAUCCCUUAUUAAAGUUACUGUAGAAUACUCGAUCACCAAUAUCUGCUUUAGGCCCGGUUCAGACGUCGAACUUUUCAUGAGCCGAACCUAUUACAUUGAAUUAAGUACAUGAAAAGUUUGGCGUCUGAAUCAAUUAAGAACGCCUGUUUAAAUUUGGAACGGUCAGCCAUUCUUUUCGCCCAGCCCAGCCCAGCCGGGAUUUCACCUUUGGAUCAACUUUGGAACGGCUUUGAUUCAGACGCAGGCCUUUUCAUGUACCGAAACUAAUGCAUAAGCGAUUAUAACGUAUUUUGAAAGCAGUUUUGCAAUUAAGAUCGGCGUCUGAAUCAAUUCAGCCGGUCUAAAUAAUUUGGGUCGGCCUUAAUUUGAAUUAGGUUCCGCUCAUGAAAAGUUUGGCAUCUGAACCAGGUCUUAGUGUUAUCAGUGUUCUCACCAGAAUUUUGUGAUUUGUGGCCCAAUGGUUCCAGGCCUUGAAGUUUCUGGGCCAUUUAAAACAAAUAAUAGUUGCUACAGUUCUGCACCCCGGUGGGUCCUUAAGGACUUUUUUAAGUGCACCACUUCUCUAAAAAGUGUUCGAAUCCCGCAAUGGCUCAGUCUGGUGAGAACACUGUGUUAUACACCUAAUUCCAAAAAAAAAUUGUAAGUAUUAUAACAUAUUUAUUUAUAUAUUUAUUUAUAUAUUCAUAUAUAUAUAUCUGUAUUUAUUACUAUAAUUAUUAUUAUUGCUCUUUAAAGCCCCUAUUUAAGGUAAAAGUUCAUCAGAGUUCCACAAAUGCAGUUGACGGAAAUAGGGCAAGUAAAUUUGCCACCAUUUUAGAAUAUGUGUAUGAGGAGGUCAAUCAAGUGCUUUUUUUGUCAUUACAUUGUUUGUAGAGGUCAAAUAACAGUAAAUCGUAUUUCUUGUUGAUUGUGUGAAGGUGGUCAUUAGUCACGGUUUCAUUAUUGUAAUUAUUGUAUUUGAACUUGUGUUUUAUUGCUUAAACCUAAUUUCACAAUAACUAUUGGUUUUACUUUUUUCUCUUGCUAUAUUAACAACUUCUUUCUCUCAUUGAAUUUCAGAGCUGUUAACCAAGGAAGGCAAGCUCACGACUCAUGAUGGCAAAACAGUUACUGAUCUGUUUCCAGAGUUCCGCCCUGGCCAGGUAUUGAGGUUUUCACGUCUUUUUGGACCCGCAAAAGCGUCAUCUUUGCCACAGCAGUGGCGGAAUGCCAAGAAGAGAAAGAAAAAGAAAAAGAAACAGGGGGAAGACGAAAAUACUGUGAUUGAACCUCCUAAGACGCCACCCAGUCCUCGUCCAGAAGACUGUAUGUCGGAUGAUGAGGUGAAUAAUAUUAUUGUUGUUCUCAUAUCUUUAUCUUUAAGGACUUUUAUCUUUAUGAAAAGCAUAAUAAUUAACAAUUAUUGGACAAGGUUGAGCAAAAUAUUGUGAUUUGUCUGUGGUGAGCAGAUCAAUUAUUUGCCAAAGCUGAAGGCUGAGGCAAAUAAUAAAUUAUUGAUCUGCGAGACACUGACAAAUCACGAUAUUAAUUUUUGUGAUAACUAAGUUCAAUAAUUGUUUUAUCAUUCGAUCACUGAGUUUGUUUUUUUAAAGAAUAUCCUUGGGAAGCAAAGCGAUCUGCCAUUUUCGCGCAAGAGUGAUCUCAAGAAGGAGAAAAGCAUGGUUUCCUUUACAAAUGUGCAGAAUAUUAUUUGCAGCCAAACACAGUUGGAUGGCAUUGCACAUGAGCAGACCAUUAUUUGUAGGCAGUUAUGUGCAGGUCACGUGGUGAGCUCUCGGCCAAUGAAAAGAAAGAAAAAUUUGCUUCGAAUAAUAAUAACAAUUGUUGUUAUUUUUAUUGUUGUUGUUAGAGGGAUUUCCAUAUGACUGUAACAAGCAUAAGAUUUCCUGAAAAAAGGAGCCUGAAUACUCUGGAUUUUUGCCUGUAGAUAAGGUCUUCCAUUCUCGUGAGAGACUAGCACUUCGGAAGAUUCUUUUGUGACUCCAUUUGUGUGCCACUCACCUGUAACUUCUUGCAAUAUGUACCCCAUGAAUGGAGAACCUGCUAAUUGGUUUCUUGUGUAGAUCUUGAACCCACAAGCUACAGUCUGGUCUGCUAACAAUGGCGCAACCACUACUUGCUAGAAUUGCCCCCAAUAUGUUAGGGGAAUUUUCAUAGAAUUAUACAAUACAAUAACAUUCGUGUGCCUUUUCUAGGACAAGCUGAUGGCCCCAUGGGAGCCAGCAACUGAUGAACUAAGGGACAUCAAUGGUGACUGGAAUGCUAGUGGUGUUACAGAUACUCUCAGUAAAGAAAUCUGUCAGUGGAGGCAUGGCCCAGCUGCAUUGUGGUAUGAAAUGCUUGGGGUGAAUGAAGAUGGAAAAAACUUAGACUAUGGAUUUAAACUCAAAGAGGUGAGAAUGGAGAUAAUGUUUCUCAAAGGAAUUAUUAUAGAUCUUUCCUGCAUUCUACACCACUGAGUACACCAGUGUGCGAAGAAAGUUGUGUCCGAUAGCCCGGGGCUAGUGGAUUUUGCUAUUGGGCUAGUGAUUUUUGUUCUUAACUUGCCGGACUGGCAAGUACUGUUUUUUGUGAAGGUUCAAAUUACAGAAAGGUUGUAAUCAAUCCUGCUAAUCAAAAAGGAUUCUGGGGCUAGUUGAAAUGACUUGUGGACUAGUACAUGCUAGCUACAGCUUGCCCAAAUGGUAGGCUGUAAAACUGACUUUCUUUGCACCCUGUACACACAAUGAUGUAAGUCACAAAUCAAGCUACCUGGUAUUCUUUUUUGUUACUUCAGCAUACUAAAGCAUCAAAUUGGUGCCUUUGUUCACGAUCUAUUGCAUGAAGAAGUAAUUUUCUUUGGUAAAGGUCACCGAUACGUGAUUUUUAACUUGGAAGCUGGUUCAAAGCAGAGUUUACAGACUUACAGUAGUUGCUUUUUAAUUUCAUUUGUAGAAGCCAGAAGAUGAAGAAGAUGGUACACCACGUCCUAAAUCCCCUGUCUCGCUGCCUGCUGAAGACUGCUUUGAAAUGGUAUCACAGGUCAACUGGGAGGAUGACAUUAUUUGGUCGCUUGACGGCGUGAAGCCAAACCUCCAAGCACAAGCAAGGGCUGGAUGGAUACCUACUUCAACUACACGCACGGCGCAUGCUUAUGCCCUGCAACAGGAACAGCUUUUGCAACAACUGGGUAUGAUAAGUUGAAUAUAUUACACCAUGGUAGGGUGAACAAAAAUUUAUUGCUUAUAUUGCAUGGUAAAACUUAUCCGGUCCCUUUGAAGGUUCUUUAUAGUUUCAUUGUUGGAUAUCCACCCUGAUAAAGUACUGAGAGGAAGAAUGUCCAAGGUGUAUUAAGAAUUCGGGCCAAAAAUAAUGGCAAUUAAGGUUGUGGAAAUUAAUGCUCCAAUAUUAAUCUAUGACACGCAAAUUAACGUUAACAAAAACUAACAGGACUUAAAUUAACGUGAAUCUUUGAAAUUCACAUUAGUAAGUUUCGGGAAGCGUUAAUUUCCUGUAAUAAGGUGGUUAAGGUCAAGUGCAACGAAGGGUUAAAAACCAGUAAGCUUUCAUUUUGAAGUAUUGCAUAAUAAUAAUUCCAAAAAUUAUGCAGCUGCAGCUCUAAUUGUCCACGUUCAAUAUAUUAAAAUUCUAACAUAACUCUAAGGCUUUCUGGUCAAGUCUCCUCUGGGAAUUGUGAGACAAUGGAGUCGUGAAAAAUUUGCAAUUUUGACCCUAAAGCCUUGGAGUCAUCUUAGAAUUUUAAUAUAUCAAACGUGGGCUAUUAGUUAUCUUUUUUUUUGGUUACUUACAUACACUGUAGGUGUGCGACAUCCAGGGAUAGAGACGUUUCUGAAAAACACCACAUCUGCAAUUAAAGCAAAUCUGAAUUUUCAGAAUCAGACAACAAAAACAGGAAUGCCUGGAGAGCAAAAGACAGUGGAGGAAUCUGCAACAUGGUAUUCAAUUUUCCCAGUGGAAAAUACUGAUCUUGUUUAUGGUAACUGGGAGGAUAAAAUCAUAUGGGACUCAGAGGUAUUAAAUAUUUCAAUGAUAUUAUUUUAUAUAUUUGAUUCGAAAAUGAAUCUGACUGAUAAUAAGGUAAUAACAGAUAGGCUUGCAUUUUAGUUUCUCCCAUCAGUGCGAUUUUAAGUUCAACAGAAGGGCAAAUGACUCUCACCCUCUGGUAGCCUGGUGAUGCAUAUAUACAUACAUAAACCUCAAAUUUAAGUGUAGCUAAUUAGCUAAUAUCUUUUAAGAAAAAUUCCAUAAUUUGUUGAAAUUCCCCCAAAUAUACGUAUAUGUUGUUGAUAGGCUUCGUAAAUAUUGCUUUUCAUAAAACUUUUUUUUUCUGAGAUUUCCAACAAUAAAUUAUCCCAGGAUGUUUUCAUUACAGUAUUUAAUCCAACAACAACUUGACAUCUUGAGAUGAGUCACAAUUUAAUUUUUUAGUAGAAAUCUUCAUUUCAAAUUCCAUUGUUACUUACAAGAGCUGUAUAUGUUUUUGUUCCAGAACAUGUCAUCAAUACCAUCUCCUACCAUCAUGCAGCUAGAUCCGAAUGACGAAAACAUAAUUCUGAGUAUUCCUGAAGACUCUGGACCACUAGCAAAGGACAGUGCUUUAACGCUUACUCCAAAAAAGGUGUUUAGUAAGGAAGACAAAAUAGUACUAUUGUUGUUGUUGUUUUAAUAGUACUUGUAGGAAACAUUUUUUCAUUUUGUAAACACUGAGAAAGAGUAGUUAUAAGAAAAAUAUGUUAGUAGUAACUUGGCAGCACACAGCUGGAUAAAAAUACCUCUCAAGUCCGUGGAAUGUGACAUCAAUGAAAAAUAUUGUUUGACACCUUCUAGGAAACUAAGAAAUCUAAACUUUUACUUGGAAAGAACAACUCUAAAGAGGAUGGUGAUGGGGGAGAAAAGAAGUCCCAAGACCAACAAAAAGACAAGUUUAAUCUAUCAAAUGAUGAGUACUACUGUGCUAAGAACUGUAAGUAUAAUGUUGUGAAGCUGUAGUGUCAUAUGUAGUGCAUUACAAGCAGAGGUUUCUUUCAAGUAUGAAUUUUAGCUCGUGCAGAUUUGUUUAUGAGGGGAGAGCGACAUGAAAGACUCCGCCAAUGCUAAAGGCUGGAAAGAAAUCACUGCUUGUAGGGGGUGUAAACAAGCCAACUAGGUAAUGACAGUGAUGUGAACAACUCUGCAGAUGCUAAAAGCCAUGCCUGUAAGAAACCUCUGCUUGUAGGUUACAUCUGUGCGUGAUUUUCUGAAGAUUUUCAAAGAUGAUGGCACUAACAAAUUGCGGUAAGGUUUCUGUGACGUUUACUUUCCCAGGUACAAAAACCACUACCAACAGUUCAUUAAAAACAUAUAACAACUGAAUUUUGUUCUCUUUGCAGCUUCAGAAUCUUCUCUGGAUACCAGUGGAGGAUCUAACCUCGUACAGGUAAGUUAUAUGGUUGAUUUUUAGAUAACAACACCUUUUCAGCUAGACUAUUGAAUUGCCAUUCAAAUUCACUAAAAAAUGUUUUCCACCCACCAUGCAUUCAUUGGUUUCAGACGUUUGCACAAAGUAAUAAAUUGACAUUUUCUUCCCUGUUUUUUAAAUAUUUAUAAUUCACCGUUUUAUUAUAUACUUUUUAUUUUUCUCUCUUUUCUUUUUUUUAAAUUUAUUUUCUUUUUGAUUUUUACUUGUCAUUCCUAUUUUGUUUUUCUUUCCAUUGCUCUAGGAAAAAUUUUGCGAUGACAAUAUUGAGAAUUAUAAUGCACAUUUAAAAGAAGUUGCAUUCGGAAGAAAGACAAGUUAAGAUUUUUAAUCAAAUUUGGCAACCAAAUUAGUAAUAUUCGCCAAGUUCAAGGGACUGGCAGCAUUACAAGAGGUUUCUAGAUAAUGGUUUUACAAGGGCAGUUUAGCCCUUUUUUUAACUGCCAUUGAGUAAAUACUCCAUAAUUAUUGAUUUCCAAGUAUUUUUCACAAUAUUUUUUUCCUCCAUCAGCAUUCUUUACCUGCAAUAGAACUUCAACGGCCUUACUUUCCAACCUACAUGUCUGUCCUUGACCUGCGCAAUUUUCAUCGUCCCCUUCUUCAACGUAUUAGUCAUGGGACAUUGUCCAAACCAGGCAGACAUGCUGUUCAUGGACUACUUAAGCACAUAAAAAAGAAAGCAAGGGUAAGAUACUCUUUUCACACAUAAUUUCUAGUUUGACUAAUGUUCUCAUUGACAUUUCUGUUAUCUGUUAUGCUGCUGAUUACAGAUCACAUGUGCUCAAAAAACUUUCUUAUUCAGUUUCCCAUUAUUCUUGUUGUUUGCGCUCAUUACAAAUAGUUGUUUUUUCUCUACUUUUGUAUGUUUUUGCUUUUUGGUUUACAGUCAAACUAAUAAAACCAUGAACACUAGAAAUUUAUUUUGUUGCAAGAAAAGAGCCAAUCAGGUGGGAGAAAACUGUACCGCAAGCAACAACAUUAAUUAAAUAAUAAGUUUGUGGUUUUGUGGCUAGAGCACUUGUCUUGAUCUUUGCUGUGAUUGGUCGUAACACAAAAAACAUUCCUGGAAUGUUUUAAUUACUAAUGGUUUUGUGUGUUUGACUGUAUUAGUGAAAGAGAAUAUUGGCAUUUUCUCUAAAUUCAACCCUCCUAAUACAGACACUCUGUUGAUAUGGACAAUUUCUAUGCCCCAACCACCCCACCACGGCAGUGUCCUUAUUAACAGGGUUUUACUAUAUUAUUUUUCUUACAUAUCAGUCUAUAUUAAUUUGCAGGAGCGUGAGAAAGAACGGUUAGCAUCAGGGGGAGGUGAGAUGUUUUUUAUGCGGACACCUGCUGAUGUGACAGGGAGUGAUGGCAGCCUUGUGUUAUUUGAGUACUGUGAGGAGUAUCCACCUGUCAUCAUGGCAGUGGGAAUGAAUGCUAAAGUGCGGAACUAUUACAAGAGGGUGAGUGACAGCUUGGCUAGCACUUUUUGCCAGAUGUGUUGUACAAAUAUUCUGCAAGUUUAGUUUAUUAGCAUUUCUGUGUGAGUGUUUGUGUGUCAGUGAUAAGACUAAAUUCAUGAGAAUCCCAUCUGAUUAGAAGUAUUAUGAUGGUUUUAACUCCAUUAUGACACUUUAUAGAAAAAGAAUUCAUGUAAUUGUGAUUCGUUAGGGCAAAAUUCUGUAUUUUUUACUAUCCUAUGUUGCAUAUGUUUUCACAUUUUAAAAUUGGUCAGGCAAAAUAUUAUCGUAUCAUCCUGCAGUGUUCUAAGAGAGAAUCGAUGUACUUAAAGGAACUUCAAUACCCACAAUGACCUCUCCACAAAGUUCAAACCAAGUACUUAUCAAACUUUCCAAGUUGGAUGAUUCCUAUGUGACACGUAUUUUAGUCAAAAAAAUGAUUGCAAUCACAGACAGACAUGCUGAAAAGAUUUCUCAUAACUGAGACUGACUGACUGACUGACUGACUGACUUUGGGCUGACUGUGCAUCUAACAGACUUUGUUAUUAACUGUUCCCUUUAGAAACCUGGCAAGGAUGAAAGUAUGCCAGCACAUGAAUAUGGUGAACCAGUUCCUGUUCAUCAGACAUCACCAUUUCUUGGGCAGCUAUCACCAGGAGAAGCGCUACAGGUUGGUCUGCAAACAAAUUCUCCUCUGAAGUACAUUCAACUCUGUUAAUGGUCACCUCGCUGAAAAGGACACCCAGAGUUGGUCCCUGCCUUUUUAUACUCUCUUUAUUUGACUGUCUAUAAGAUGGACACCUCUGUAAAAUGGACACCUAGAGUUGGUCCCUGCCUUUCUUUACUCCCUUUAUUUGACUCUCUAUAAGACAGAUAUCUUUCUAAGUUGGACACUUCAAGCCGGUCCGAAAGGUGUCCAUCUUAGAGAAAGUUGGCUUUAUAACACUACCUUUUACUCUCAGUUAAUCCCUGUUCAUGGAAGCAGGCUCUUUCCCUCUAAUGGAAUUUGCCGAGUUUGUGCAGAAGUGGCAAGCAAGGGUCCCUAACAGCCUGCUACUGAUUAAUUUCACCUGCUGAAAAAGACCCUCAGUUUGCCUAGGAAAACAAAAAGGAGCAGAAAUUUUGAAGGUUCAGUUGAGUAAAUGAGACGGCUUCGCUAAUAAAUACGUUUGCUUAGCUUUUCCUUAGCUACAUCCCCAGGGGUGGGGCUGGGGUGAAACCUCUCACGUCCCAUCCAUGUUCCAGUAUUGAGUUUGUGCCCCAAAACAGUGAGUGCCCCCAAGGCCAAAAGCUUACACUUGAAAAUGUGUUAUCAAAAUGAGGAAAACUUGACUCUGGAAAAAAAAGAGAACUAAAUUUUGUCUGAAGUGGCAGGCAUUAGAAAAUGUGCCAAAGGUUUCUGUUUUAUUAAUCAUGAUGGGAUUUUUAUUUCUAUUUAAGGCUUUGGAGAGUAACUUGUUCCGAGCUCCAAUCUACCAACAUGAGUUACCAGAGACCGAUUUUCUGAUCAUUAGAACUUCCUCUGGGUAUGUAGACAUGCUUCAUUUUGUUACUGAAUCAAUAUGAAAGGUUGGUAAUUAAAUCUUGUCAGGCAAUUUUAUGCAUUAAUCACAUUACCUUCCUUGAAGUAGUUUUUUAGCGUUAAAAACAUGUUAACACUUAGAGGAAGGUAACAAAGUUCAAUGUGAUUUCGUCAAUAAUAAAAAGGUAUAUUUUUAUGUCAGUUGAUUUACAAAUCUGUAGGGCUGAUUACAUUUUUUUUUUCAAUUAUUGCCAUGUAGGUAUUACAUCCGUGAUGUGAAGACGAUAUUUACUGUUGGACAGGAAUGUCCCAAAUUUGAAGUUCCGGGCCCUAACUCUAAAAAAGCCAAUAUUCAUGCCAGGGACUUUCUGCAGGUUCGUGUCUCGAAGUUUAAAUCUGAGUUUCCUUUUUUACUUAACGCUUGAAUUUAGUCUUUUGACUGGCACUAGAUCAUCAAGGACCUUACAAAACAUUUUGUUUAUUAAGCAUGUUUAAAAUAAAUAACACCGAGAGGUCUCAUGAAGGAAUAAAAGUACGAAGUGGUUUUUUUUUUCCCCUAGAUUUUUAUUUACCGUCUGUUCUGGAAAAGCCCAGAUACACCCAGAAGAAUCAAAAUGGAUGACAUUAAGAGAGCCUUCCCUAUGCAUUCGGAAAGCAGCAUCAGAAAACGGCUCAAGCUCUGUGCUGAUUUCAAGAGAACAGGUUGGUUAACCCUUUCACUGUAAGAGUGUUUUAUGGAGUUUUGUAAGGUGACUCUAACUUUUGAGUCUGUGGACGAAAUCCUAUGAUGUGACCAUUCAAAUGAAAGCUCUCUGCCUGUACUGUCACAUUCUGCCAAUUGUUUGUCAAAAUUUUAGAAAAUGAAAUUUGGUCGAAAUUUGCCUUUGGCCACUUUGGCAGUGAAAGGGUUAAUAGUCUCUAUUCUGCCGGUCUUGUGCCUUCCCUCCCCUAGAAGAGACGGAUCGUUAUACGUUUCUGGGAAUUUGCCCACCUACCCCUCCCCUAAGCAAAGAUUAACAGUUACUUCUCAUUUAGGGCAAAAUGUUGGCUUAGGGGAGGGGUGGGAAACGUAUUAUUUCCGGGGGAGGGGCACGGGCUCAUUUCUCGAACGGGGCUGCUAAUUGAGCCUGGUCGGUAAAAUGCGAUUUUCAGAGUGAACGGAACGUAUCGAGAGCGUGGUAGAAAUAUGUUGAGUGGAUCAAUUAUGACCGACCAAUCUAAAGUAAAAAGAUUUUAAAACUGUAUUUACUUUCCUAUAUUGUUUAGAGUAGUAUAUGAGUAAUAGUAUGGUAUAUGAGCCAUUAUACCAUACUCUCCAAAUAAGGUAACUGUACGCGUCUGCUCAAAAUUAAAAACAAGCUGAAAAUCGGUUGUAUUUACAAAUAAAGUCGGGAAGAAUUCUCGAUCUUUUGUGGGCAUUUUUAAUAAAACAAUUAUUCCACUCGCGCUUGUUGGAUAUGAGAUGAUUAACGCCAAAUCGGCGCUGCGCGCCUCAUUGGUGCACUACCAUCUCCUAUCCAACGCGCACUCAUGGAAUAAUUGUUAAUUAUUAUGAAAACCUUGCAAUGGCGUAUAUGUAGUGGGAUGACCAAACAGUUAACAAGUGAUUAAUAAUUUCAGAUUCAGACUCAGAUUCAGACAGUAUGGAGUUCAGUGAGUAUAGUGUAGUCUGUUAUAGUGUAGUAUAGAGGACACCAACACCGUGAAACAGCUUAACUUAGUAUAAUAAUGUUGUAGUGUAGAAUAGUGAAGCAUAGUCUAACACAGCAUAGUGCUAUCAGGAACAGGUUAGAUGCACAGAGUUCGUGCAGGUCAUGAAAAACCUAGAAAGUUAUGAAAUUGAACAGUUUCAUUUUCCAGGCCUGGAAAGUCAUGGAAUUUAAUUGUCCGUCCUGGAAAGUCAUGGAAAAUUAAAGUUAUGUUAGUGCACAUGUCAUAGAAAGGGCAAUGUAAGAUAGAGACGAGUAACUAAAUUGUACGGAUUUUAGUGGACUCCAGAGUUUGUGUCUAUCGAACCGAAUUAGGUUGAAAAAUACCCUUGAACAAGGAAAGUGUAAAAUAUUCGACGACUAACACCACGUUGCAGGUACUGAUUGUAACUGGUGGGUACUAAAGAGUGAGUUCCGUUUGCCCACUGAGGAAGAGAUGCGAGCGCUGGUGUCUCCGGAGCAGUGCUGUGCUUAUUACAGUAUGCUGGCUGCAGAACAGAGACUCAAGGUAACGCUGCGCACGCGUUGUCAUUCCGGGCGUUGCUAGAGAGCUUAAGGAACGGCGACGGCAACGAGGUUAGCAAAAAAAGCCAAAGGUUAAGAUGAGCAAAGAAAACACCUUUGCACUUGCAUCACUUCUUUUUUGUACAUUUCUUUGUCGUCAUUGCACGAUUACGACCUGAAACUUCCUAAUUUUACGUUUUAUUGAGGACAUGAAUGUACGACAAUGACUUUCUUUUCUUUUUCGCAAACUUUGAUACAGUCUUUAACAAUUCAAUUCCAAAAAAAAAUUGCCAUCAUUUGAAAAAUUAAAACAGUCGGAGUAAGAGCGAUGAAGUUUGGAACAGUUCGCAUUCAUUUUUUGGUGAAGAUUUCGCUGCCGUUGCCGUCGGGGUUGCUUCUUGUUUUUUUUGUUUUGUUGUUGUUGUUGUUUUCUGCUCGUCAUUUUUUUGUCAGUUGUUUGUGAUUGACAUAAAUUUUAUGCUUAUUUUUUUGCUAGUUAUCUUCAUGGAAAACUUGUUUCUAUUCUAUGUUAACAGGAUGCCGGGUAUGGAGAGAAGUCUCUUUUCUCAUGUGAUGACGACAACGAUGAUUCAGAAAGCAAAAAUAUAGAUGAUGAGGUAAUGACAAUUCAUCUCUUUUGAUUUGAUUUUAAAACGUCUUUCUUUUUCCUUCGAAAACUGAUAGUUAUUGUUGUUUCGUCUUCUAGGUUCGCACAGCGCCAUGGAACACCACACGAGCAUUUAUUUCUGCAAUGAAAGGAAAAUGCCAGCUGGCUGUGACAGGAUCUGCGGACCCCACCGGAUGUGGGGAGGGUUUUUCGUACGUUCGGGUCCCCAACAAGCCCAUGGCAAACAAGGUAUCAAUUACGCUGCCAUUUAAAAAAUACACCUCUGAGCUCGCAUCUUUUGUUUCCCAAUGUUGGUCGUGUAAUAUUCGCAAGAGAAUUCUUCGUGGAUUUAUAUAUGGGGAAGCUCGCUUUACGCUUGUUUUAUUGGCUUCAAUUUUUAAGACUGGCUCAAUAAAUGUCAAACGGUUAAGACAAAAUAACCACUAAAAUUCAUCUCAGAAUGACAAGUUGUGGUUUCUUAACCGUCUGUUGUAAAACUGUAACCUGCUCCGCUGGCCAAUCACAACACGCGCAGAAAAUAAAAUGUGCCAAUCAGAUCUCAAAUACAUGUAGCCGGUUUUUUAGGCCGGAAAAGGCUGGCUUUUGUUUGACCACUGAUUAAUUGAAAAAGUGGCGCGAGUUUUUCUGCCGAUCAAAGAGCGUAUAAAACUUUCGUCCCUCAAUAGGCCUUCCAGAAUAACCAUGGCCUCUUUUCCAGCCCCAGUGCUGAUGCCUAUAAAUUGCGCACCUGAUAAAGAGGUUUAAGGAACUCGUUGAUGGGCGUGGAUUAUUAAAAAUUGCUUUAUUCUCAAACGACUUGUUUUUUGCUUUCUCAUUGUUCAAAAACUCUUGGUCGUUCAUGUUUUAGCUGUUGUUAUUUUGUUUGUUUAGGAUGAUUCAGCAACGAACUCGCCGCAAAUAAAAAAACAGAAGACAGUUACGGGAACCGACGCUGAUCUGAGAAGAUUGUCUCUUAAACAAGCCAGACAAGUGCUGCGAAACUUCCGAGUUUCUGACGAAGAGGUAAUGGGUUUUCCUGAUCUGUAAAUCAUAAUCUGGAGCAAGUGUUGGUUCUAGUUGACGAGCUUGCUUCUCCUUUUCUUUGGAACGAUUGAAGCGGCAUUGAUAUCCCUUUAAGCCAAAAAUUAAAAUACAACUUCUCCUUUCUUGUCCCAUGUGUUUCUCAUGGAGGUAGUGGGGAUAAUUUGUUGAAAUAUCUUAAGAAUUAAUCCUUGGUGAUCAUUUCUUUAAUUCUCCUAACCUUCCUGAUUGAAUAAGCAGUGAUGUUACCGGGAUAACUUUUGUAAAAUUCACUAUUGGUGCUUAAAGAGUUAUCUGUUGUUUCUGUGCAGAUCCGCAAGCUGUCCAGAUGGGAAGUUAUUCACGUCGUGCGUACUAUGUCCACGGAAGCGGCCAAGUCUGGAGAAGAAGGUACAGUAAUGUUGUUGUUAAUGUUUUAACCGAACUUGUACUUGGUCUCGUCUUCUAUCCAGCCGUCAUUUGAGCCGUAACUUAACGGUCCUCUUAAUUUUGGGAGAGAGCAUUGCGUGACGACCCAAAUGACAACUACAUAGUGAACUAUACUUACUAUGCUUACGUACUUAUGCGUUUUGUGUGAUUUACAAGAGUUGUUAUAUGUUUUGAUGAACAAUUUUAGGUAUGAGCAAGUUCGCCCGAGGAUCAAGAUUCACCAUUGCUGAGCACCAAGAACGCUACAAAGAAGAAUGCCAGAGGAUAUUUGACUUACAAAACAAGUAAAAACAUUUGACUUUUCCCUUCAAUAUAAGUUUUACGCGCUAGGGAACUAUUCCACUGAAAGCUACUUACUGACCAGUACUUUCCCGUGUUCCACUUAGUUUGUUAUGCAGUACAAGGUGGUGUGAGCUUUGGGGUCUUGCGAAAUACAUCCUUAAUUGUAACCUUUAAAAUAAGACUCAUUUUUCACUAUUAUUAAUCGUCAUUAAUUAUUAAUAUUCAUCAAUUAUUGAUAUUUAUUAUGAACACUAAUUGUUAUUGAUAUAAUUUCAUUAAUAGUUUAUUUUUUGAAAAGUUAAUGUUCUCAAUUAAUAUUGUUUCAAUGUAAAGGUGUUCUUUUCCUGUGUGGAAUUGUUGUGUGCAAGUAAAACUGUCGCCAACUGCUUUCCUUUCUUCCUGUUCAGAGUUUUGUCAUCGACUGAAGUCCUGUCUACAGAUGAAGAGAGCAGCAGUGAUGAGGGAAGCGAUAUUGAUGAGCUGGGUAAAAACCUGGAGAGUAUGUUAGCAAACAAGAAAACAAGUAUGCAGGUCAGUUUACAACUUCUCUUAACUAUCUACCAUUUAAUAUGUGUGAUGCGGCUAAGGAGAAUGUGGGCGCUUUCCAUUCAACCCAAAAUUCCGGUAAUUUCGGUUGGUACAUCAAAUGGAACGGAACAUUUCGGUUUGGUCCGACCGGAGUAUUCGGGACCAGCUUUGAAGGUGGUCCACUUUGACCGGUCCGGUUAUCUCGGUCGGUCGGACCGAAAUGUCCCUUUCCAUUCGACAAAUUUAUUGUCCCCAGUACCGCUCUUUCGUAUCGUGCUUACAAAAACAAUAACCAAACGCGCGGUGGCUUGGAUCGGGUCUGUGUAACCGGAAUGUACCGUUCCAUUGGGCACGUGGAAUUUCCAAAAUUUCAAACCGGAAUGGAAAGUGCCCUUUAUUUCCACGUUAGUUGGUCUUGAAUAGAUGAUUAUGCCAACUCUUUUUGACGACAAAAUCUUCGAUCAUCUGCUUGCAAUUUGUCUGUUUUCGCUGUUUUAUUUAAUCAUAGCCUUCUGUCAAAUCAUGCAUUUUUCCUGAGAUCGGUGGUCAGAAGAGUAAAUCAAUUAACUCAUAUUCGUAAACAUUCUACCACAUAAGCAAAAUAGACCAGGCCAUCUUUAUAAGUGAAGUUAUGUCUCUUAAACAUUUUCAUUAAAACAUCUGAAAUUGUUAUUAACUUUUUAUGUAAUUAUUUAUUUAUUCGCUAAUUUUUGUUGGCUUUCAGCUUACUCACGAGGAAGAAGAAGCCGAAAGAAGAGAACUUCAAAAGUUACUUAGUGACGAUAAACCAAGCAAAGAAUCCGUAAGUUGGUAAAUAGUUCAGUGAAUAGGAUUAUACUUUUUUCUAUAGCAUUAUCACGCAAAAGCAAAGCGGGAAGAAAUAUUAUCAUUAGAAUCUUUUUUGCGAAGUUUUAAUUGGCUUCAGUUAGAAUCCAUUACAUCACCUGUCGAUAACUUUCUGUUGUCAGUACUCUGCUGGAGGGCAGUUUUGACCCCGUUUUGGCGACAAAACGACAACUGUAAACAACUUUUACAACUGCACUUUUGGUUUCGGUCUUAACAGACGCAAGUGUGAAGUCUUACUGACUGAAGUGCCGAGUUUUGUGUGUUUAGCAGAUAUUCUGCUUUUGAAACGUUUGAUCUGUUUUGCAGAUUGAUACAGGUUUCAGUUAAGCUUUUUGUCCCUUUUCCGAACAUUCACUGGGGUGCAGCUUCUUGUUGUUACUUUAUUUUAUAGUCGUAUUUUUAUGCUCUAAAUUCCUCACUGUUUUAUCUUUGCGGUACUGUGUUUUUAUUUAUUAAUGGUAUUUUUUUCUUUCUCUUAACAGAAUGGCAAAUCGUCAGGUAAGAUUUUGUCUUCCGACUUCGCUUGACGUUUGUUAAAACCUAAUGCAUUAAUUAUUCCAAGUAACUUGUUGGAGGAUUUGGGAAAUGUCGAGAUUUUCUUACUAAAUUUUUAAACUGUAGGCGAAAAAGGUGGAAAAGAAGGGCUUAAAAAAGACAGCAAAGGAGACGAAGACGAAACAGCCUCAGUAACGAGCUAUGAGUCAUCAAUGGUAAGAAAACAGAAGAUUUAGCUCUAGAAAUGUAAGCAUUUGAUAACUUAGUUUUUCCCCUCCCCCGUCAGCUUCUUUUAUUUAGCACUUGUUUAGUCUGCGGAAUUUUUUCCCCAGCAGACCUUGGUCUCAUUGGUUACUUCGAGGUCACAUGACAUCUAUUAAUAGAACUGUUUCCCGCCAAAAGACUCUUAGCAGGCUCAUGACGUCAGAGGGUAACAGUGUGCUUUUACCGGCGUGAGCUGACCGCUGGCUGAGAUUUACUUGUAUAAGUUUGUACAAAUAACAGAUCACUUAAUAAUUCCUCCCUUAGGAAAUUAGUUUGCGAUUGAAUGGAAACAUGAUUAACUAGUUUCUCUCGGAACCAGUUAUAAAUUGUUUAUUGUCUAAUUGGUCGGGAUGGUCCUCGUGUCUUGAUCGCAAAUGGAGGCCAAGUUACGCACUCAAGACGGGAAUGAGAUUGUAACUUCUGGUUUUAUGUUUUUCUUAGGUUGGGCGUCGUCUUCGUAUCAGACGAACAUUUAAAACAGCCGAUGGAAAGGAGUUUGUUCGUAUUGAAGUCGUGAAGAACCAAGCUGUUAUUGAUGCGUACCUCAAGUUGAACAAAGACAAGAGUGUCAAGUACCCUAUCGUCUCAUUUUUUCAGUGCAUUUGUGUACGUUGUGGCAAAAUCGUGAUGAAAUCUUACCUUUAUUCGUUCUGUUUCUCUUAGAGCUCAGUUUGCGAGCGUUGAUGAAAUUCACAAGGAGGAAAUCAGAAGAGAAAAGAGGAGGUAAGGCAAAUGAUUCCGCAAGUUCAUGCACGAUCACGCUGUCGAGAUUAUUGUAGUUACGGUAGGUAAUUUCCAACACAACAUUGCGCGCAAAAAGUAUGCAAACCGUGUAACAACACGCGGACGAUACAUAACGCAACGAUCAGUUUACUGUUAAUGACAUAAUACUGUAGCUAGUUACCUUUGUACCAGUGAAGCAGAUAUUUAUAAACUCGCAACAUGUUUCGACUCGAUAAUUCAGGGCCCAAUUUUUGCGCGGCAAUCAAAAACGUUAUAUUUGUCAGUAUUAUAAGGCAAAUUGUACAAGGCACUGCUGAAGAGGUUUCAUUUGAAUAGUCACACCGUAGGAUUUCUCCCACAGACUCAAAAGUUAGAACAACAGCCUCGACCCUUUAAUAACUGUUUAUUCUCGUAAUUGUUUUUGUCAUAAAACCUAUUCAGGAUUCAAGAGCAGCUACGACGGAUAAAGCGAAAUCAGGAAAAAGAAAAAUUACAACCGGUAAAGAAGAAGAAAGAAAAACCACCCAACAAUGUAAGUUUGCAUAAAACAUGUAAAAGGUUAUGUACCGUUUAAAAAACGAGCAGGAUUGUAUUAUCAGGUUUUAAAACUCAAGGCAAAGCCGAAAGUAUUUACACCUGAUAAUACACGACUGCGAGUUUUUUUGAUCGGCUUCAAAAUCUCUGAUAUAGAUCAACUCAUUCUUGCACUAAUAUUUAGAUUUGGGGUUAUUUUUGGUCUAAAAACAUUGGACGGAAAGUUUCGCCGUGUCUUUAUCAGACAGAAAGACACUCAUUAAACAGUAAUUUCUUUUGUUUUUCUUUAUGAAUUAUUAGUGAUUUUUUGAAGGGUACUUUGUUAUGUUUACCUCACUAAGAUUGUGAUUAAACUUUUGAUAAUAAUGUAAUAUUUAUAAAUAGUAAUAUGUGAUAACGAUGUGUAAUUUAGUUGUUCAUUUGGAGGAGACCAAAAGCUGCCAUAUAUUUCUGUUCUGCUCUAAAGAAGGUUCCUCUGUUGCUUUUAUCUUCUGAUGCAUCUUUCUAGAAUAAUCUAUUCUCUUGAUCAAUCUUACUUUGCACACUUGUACGUCUCCAGUUAAAAUGCGGGGCGUGUGGAGCGAUCGGUCACAUGAGAACGAAUAAAAACUGUCCAAACUACCAAGAAGCUAACCCUGGAUCUGUAGCAGUCGCCAUGACGGACGAACAGGUCGCUGAAGAAGAACUCAACAUGCCUCAAGAUGAUUUAGUGAAAGUUGAAGGAACAAAGAUUACUCUCGGAAAGGCAUUCUUAGAUCAGUAAGUUAUACUCGAUCACUGUACCAUUUCCAUUUUUUAUAGACAGUAGACCGGUUACAUAGUUGGUUUUAAUUUAUAGGACUUAAUCUUCUUUCCGACAUUUUAUAAUGACUGGCCUAACAUUUAACAAACAUGGUAUUUGUAAUAUUGCCAAGAAUUAAAUGCCCAAAAAAUUCCGAGGAUGCCUGUAUACCGAGCUAGGACUCGACGCAGGACUCGACAAUUUUUCGCUUUCCCGCCAUUUUCACCUCCUGCAAGUUACAUGACCAUUAAGAAGAGGGUUUUCUUGGCAAUCAUGGAAGGUAAGCUCGCUGUUAGGGUUAGGGUUAGAGGUUAGAGGUUCGGGUUGGGGUUACGGUUAGGGCUAGGGUUAGGAGUCCUGGCUCGAGUCCUGGCUUUUAUGUUAGUUUAUCUCAAAGUUUCAGAGUAAUUAAUUAAGGUGGCCCAUCCUGUCCCCCGACGUUUACCACGUUACCACCCGUUCUCGGGUCCCACACAAAUAUGUUGGAGGGUAGAGUUCGGUGGUCGAACUGUAGCGUUUUGUUUUUCCGAUGGAUAACUUUUUAAGUUGAUAUAAGCUGAUGUCAGAGCUAUGUGCCUACGAAGGGUAACAGUCGGAAAAUUCACCUUGAAUGUGUGACUUUUUUUCAGAACGAACGAGUUAAAACGGAAAUCACUUGUGCUGCGCUUUCCAAAGGAAUCUGGUGAGAAAGCAAUUUAACUGUUUUGUUUUUGGCGGUUGAAUGUUACUCAUGAAGUAAAAACUGUGGAUUUAUGAAAACACUUAUUCACUUUCUUUUAAUUUACGUUCUUAGUUCGAAAAAAGAGGCGCUCGGGAGUAAUGCAUUGUGAUUACUUAAAGGUAAUAUUCUCGGUAUUUUCAGCAUAUUUAUAUAAAUGUGCUGAACUGUCCUACCAGAGUUUUUCCGUGCGGUCCUUAAAGUUUCUCGUGGCAUGUUUUAACAAUCUUUUUUUUUUUCUAUAUGCAUAGAAACCUCGCAAAUCUAUCAACCGUCGCAGAGCCAAUCCUGAGGUAAGUUUUUCUCUGACAGCUGUUGGCCGAAAACCACUAACCCUUUUUUAAACGUUCUUCUUCGCCUGAAGCAAAUUAUAGUUUUUAUUGGUCUGUCUGUGGCAAGGCCCAAAAUAGUUCUAUGCAGCGUGUAUGUCGAAAAAUCACAAAAUGUCGGACGUAACCGAGAAGUCAUUGCGUCUCCCUUCCCUCCUGCGAUCGGACGACCAUUUGACUUUUGAGGGGAGGGGGCUGGUCGUUUAUGAUUAAAAAAAUCUAUCAAACAGGAACGGAAACAGAAUUCUCACGUGGAGCUGUUAGUUAUAUAUUUACGCCGAAUUGUUAUGAACAUAUUCGAUCAUGUAGUAAGCCAGUAGAAACUUCUUAACCGAAAUCAGCCUCCCUGGAAAAGUUUUAACUUGUUUACCAUCAAUUUUGUUGCGUUUAUCUUUCAGGUCGCCUUACAAGCCUUGUUUGAGGGAAUUCUUAAUAAAAUGAAAGAAGUUGACGAUGUAAGUCAAUUUAUGUUUUUGCCUUCCUGGUUUUACACCUUGUCAUUAAAUUAAGAUGUUGGAGAUAAACGUAGAGCUCUGAUGAAAAUAUAGAUUGUCUAGAAGGAUAAAGGACAGCAGUAACACUUCUGUAAGAUCUAUGUUUGAAAAUUUUGGUUUACAGACGUGGCCAUUCCACCAGCCUGUUUCAAUAAAAACUGUUCCGGAUUAUCACAAAAUUGUUAAAAUUCCCAUGGAUCUACAAACCAUGCGAGAGGUGCGUAUAAAAGCAUAUUGUUUUUUAUUAAUUUAUAACUGUUUACAAUUUGCAAAAAGGUUUCUGGAAAAUCCGAUAAAUAGAACACGACUUUUCGGAUCGUUACAUUUCCACUGAAAUUUCCAAAACUUUUUGGUAACAGGACAACGCCCCUGGUUUCUCCGUCGGAAUAUUCCAAGCGCAAAAUCUUAUUUUAUUUCUUCACAAGACAUCGUUGACACCAGUUUUGGGCUUUCUCGGGAAAAUCUGUGACCAGUGCCAAAGAGAACACAAGGGACGAAAUUAUCAGUAACUGUCGCCAACGCGGAAAGAAAUGGGAAGAAAAAUGAGCUAUGCUCAGAGCAGGAAAAAAUUGAUACCACUGAUAACAGUGCUCGUCGCGUGAAGUUUAGCAUGAUCGCCGGAGUAAAGUUACAAUAUUUCCAUUGAUUUGUCAAACCACUUAGCGUUACGUUUUGGGGAAAUAAAAUCAACACGACAUACCUCUCUUAAGUUUGCUCUAAUUUUCUAUUUACUUUUUCCAGAACCUUCGGAAAUGUAAGUACCUGUCAAGGGAAGAGUUUUUUGAACACGCAACCUUGAUAGUCUCAAACAGCGUUUUGUACAACGGUGAGUUAAGUAUUGUAGAGCUUUUAGUGUAAGUUUUAAACACUGGAGUGGAUCCAAAAAUUCCGAAAGGGGAGGGGGGCGGGCCGCUUGCCACCUAUCCUCGGUCCCCCCGGCCCACCCCCUAAAUCCAAUGUGUGAUACUUGAUGAGAUUCAACCAGUCAUGUAAGGCCUGGGUUGUUUUAUUUUCAGGACCUAACCAUGCAUACACUGCAACAGCGCAGAAAAUGUUGGAUGUCUGUAACAAGGCUUUGAUUGAGGUCAGUCACUGUGCAUUGGGAUGCUGCGAUAGUAUUAUUAUUGUUCAGUUAUUAUGACGGUAAAAGAAGGAAUUUGGUCUGACCGUCGCUCAUUUUUUACCUUAAAAGUCCCCACACCGUCAAAUUUUAUGACGUUAUGUUGUCUCUGUUCUUGAAACACAACAUUGUCUUGAAUAACACUAUUUAGUCCCUCAUUGAAACUGAAAAUGGCUGCGUGUUUCCCUGUAUCGAAACACGACUAUUUGCAACAGAUAAUUAUAUAUUUAUAUAUUUUUUUAUUUACGUUAACUUUCUACUGUUGUAAUUCUCUUUUGUGCAUCUUUACAGAAAGAAGAAGAGAUAAUUCAGGUGGAAAAAGAGAUCAAUCCAUUACUGAGUGACGAUCCACAGGUAACUACAAAUAUAAGUGACAUUCACCCACCUAAACAGAGAGAGGUUGUCCAACAGAACCUUCUGUCGAGGCGGCAAAGGAAUCAUAUUUUAGUCUUGGGUACAGUUAUGAUUCAUAAACUACGACCUUAUAGGUCUGAAAGCUUCAAAACUACGGUAGUCUUUGUUGUAGCUGAUGGUUUCAUUGUCUUGACUUUAUUAAUUAAUUAAUUAAUUAAUGUAUUUAUUUAUUUAUUUACUUAUUCAUCAUUAAACUUGCCAGAUUGCGUUCUCUUUCAUCCUGGAAAAUCUUGUCGCGCAGGUGAAGGCUUUGCCAGAGGUAAGCAGUCUUGAAAUAAGAAAUAACAUUCCGUUAGAUGAGGCAUAUCAAACACGAAAAAGAGUGUUUCAGCAGGAUCAAAACACCAAGAAGUAGGAUAAGAGAACAAGGCCAGGCUGAUCUUUAUUUUGAUCCAAUUAACUUGGAAUUCCAGGAUACUCUAUGGACGGAUUUAAGUGAUUGAGAUUGCUUUUUAAAACCCUCGUCGUACCCAGACUUCAGAGAUGAGAAAUCAAAUGAGAGUGAGGUCUGAGUACUAGAUUGUCUCAAAUUUUAGUGUCAAUAAUUUCCCUUCUUCUUUCUAUGAGUUCUCUCCAGUUGAAGAUGUUGUGAUAUUUUAUCUCCGACAUCGAACAAGAGAGAACUUGAAGAAACCGGGGACAAAACUGAGAGAAAAAACAAUUUGUCUCCUGGUUAAAGCCAUGAAUCCAAUUUCAAAUUAAUUGCUUUAUGUUUAUUUAUGUUGUAACCUGUCGUUGUAACUUCGCAGAGUUGGCCUUUCCAGAAGGCAGUUUCGUCCAAGCAAGUUCCUGACUAUUAUGAUGUAGUUAAGACACCAAUCGACCUUUCUACCAUAAGACAGGUAAUCACCGACAAGAGUGCUAGCUUCUUUACAAUGCAACUCUUUGUUCCUUAUUGUUCGGCCGGCCGUCGUAUGUCGGUUUGUUGUCGGUUCUCGUCUCUGCCCCGAGGGUUUUUCUUCGGUAGUUGGGGCUUUCCUCCUUCCUAAAAAACUCUAACAUUUCUGAAUUUCCAUUUGAUCUGGAAUCCUGAACCGAGCGCAUGGUCAGUGUCAUUUUUUGUUUCAAGUGUGGAACAACCUUUAACCACAGUCACCAGCUGAAGAUGCAGAUGUCCGUCACAGCAGAAGUAGUCAACUUGAGGAACACCUUAGCCAUUUAUGGAAACAUGAAUUGUGUUCUAACUUCGGAGUCUGUAGACUUUGAGCAAUUUAUGCAACCUGUUAGGUCUUCCCUUCCCGCAGCAGUUAUUGCUUUGCAACAUUUUACAGAAUCACUAACCUGCAGAACAGACCUUUUUUUGCGUUAAUCAGGCGAGAAAAGGCCAGCGCGAAAUUGUCUCUCACUCCACGCCUGCUUCGUGCCUCGCUCGCUGGAAGAACGAGAAAAAAUAGCGCUUGUUCUGUAGGCUACAGAAUCAUAGAAUGAGAUUCUUUCUUCUUUCUUUUUCUUUUAACUUGUACACUUACAAUCUUCGCUCUUCUUGCUUUAAUUGAUUGUUGUUUUGCGUCUUAACCCAGCAAGUGCAAGGCCACGCCUACCAAAACAGAGACGAAUUUAUGGAACACGUACGAAUGAUGCAUCGGAACAGUGUCCUCUAUAACGGUAUGUUAAAGUCCCGGAGGAUUUUUUUCGUAGAUUUACUAUAGGGGUGUUCCACUGAGUCCUUUAGACUCUGAGAUUAUUCCAGACAAAAUUAGAUGAAUCUGGGAUCCUUUUCUCGACAAUACUUGUAAAACAGGAAUGCUUUGAAGGCGGAGUUUUUAACUUUUGGGACGUUUGGGAGAAAAAGAAAAUUAGCCUAUCAAUGUGACUCGAGAUUUUGCGCGUCGAAGUUUCUUUGCUCUAGUUUGUGGGGAAAACCAGUUUGUAUAGGCUUAUUUUUAUUGCAUUUCACCCUGUUGACCCUUGGUUUACUAUUUUACAGGUGAAACUCAUGACUUUUCCAAGAUGGCCGAAAAACUGGUCCAAUUUUGUGAGGAUGUCCUUAAGGAGGUAAACAUUAGACACCGAAUAAAAAAUAAUUAAAUGUGCUCUUGUGCGUCAGUGAAAAUAUGAAUGCAUCUCAUUCUGGCAAUUUCCGUAUUUUUUAAUCUUUGUUUUGGUUUUACAACUUUUCUGCUUGUCAUAUCCGUCAGAUAGCCUUCUAGUUUUAAGAAACACCAAAAUAGGCGACUAAAUUGGCGAUAAAAAGGAGAAAAGGAAUGUUCCUUAAAACGGUGUAUACAAGGCGUGGAUGCCCCCUGGGUCGGAUUGUUUAGGUGGUCGAUUGGCUUAUGGUUUCCCUGGAUACAAUCAACAAAUCAUACCUAACGCUUGUCUACCCGAAUGAUUGCAGAAAUCUUUGUACGAAAGCUUUUGCCCAAUUUGCGUAUAGUCUAUGGAGUGGCGAAUACUAUCUAUCCGAUUUGUUCACAAACUCCUUGACCCGCCAAAAUGCAGAUUUGUGGUAUGCGCAUGAUACUGGAACUCGGUAAUUGCUAAAACUCAAUACGCUUUCUCUAUCCUUAACAGAAUGACGAACAGUUAAGCAAGUGGGAAAAUGAAAUUCUGCUAACUCCAGGAGAUGACACGUCAUCGUAUGCUGCCAGUCAGCCGCCGUCGGUCGCCGGCCCAGAGUGGUCACAGGAAAACAGUAUGGACGACUUCCCAGAAGGCUACAUGAAAGAAGAAGACAGCCUGAUGGACGUGGAGGAACUGGACACCACUGGCGAAGAAUACCGGGAUUUCAGAGCAGAGUUGAGCACUCCUGUGUCGGCGAUGGAUCAAUGUAAGACAUAAUACCCCCGUCAGUGGUUUCCCCCAAGAAAGAUCGGGCAUACCCCAGGGGUUUUACUGAAAACGUUCUCCCCUGGGAUGGAAAUCACUUCUAUGUGAUUUUUACAUGAAUUUGAGACGCUGAUGAAAAUGAAAAUGAGUGACAACUGCAUGAUUAUGGCAAAUUUUGCGCGUGUUUUUAUCGUGUUGGCGCUCCCUUACGUGGGUGGGCAAAAUCAACAUUCUUCUUUAAAAUGUAAAAUAUAUUUUUGCAACUGAAUGUAGCAAAACCCUGUGAAAACACCACAUUCUGUAAAGAAACUAAACUCUUAAUUUUUGUUAUUCAUUUUAUUCUCUCUAGCUUCUCGCCUGGAUGCCGAUUUCGAAGAAGAAGAAGUUGAUAUCGAAGGCUACGAUGAUGAAGAGAGUACUUCUCGAAGCUACAGUAAACAUGAAAGUCUUGGAUCGCAACCACAGCUUGAAAGCGAGCAAGACUCUCAGGAUGUAAGUCAGUUCGAGAGCAUUUUACUACAAGAUCUCGAGCACAGUGAAAGCGAGAGUGAUGAAGAAGAUGAUUUUCCGUUCGGCGAUGGAGAUGAUGAAGAAGAAGAGGAUGUUGAAGAGGAGGAAGAACAGGAGAAUUUUUCUCUAGCGGCUGGAGAAAGAAACGAGUCCAUGAACACAACAGAAGAUAUGUCUGGAGACGAGAUAUGA